AUGUCUACGGUCGAGCAUCCCGUGGUAAGCGCGGCAGCCCCGCACCUUGUUGCAUUGUUAAGUCUAGGGUUGUUGUUUCGGUGUCGAGAGUACGCGGCAUGGUAUCCUGGUUGGUGUGUUUCCCUGGCGGGUUCGUUAGGUGCCGGGAUGGUGGUUUGGUCCAUGAUUCGUUCGAUGGGUGGUUUGUACGCUGUGAUUGACUAUGCAAUAAGUUUCCUGUACUUACAUUUGGGUGCAUUCUUGACCAUGGCUGGUGUAGGUAUUCUGAGCUCGUUCAUAGGGUUCCGAUGCAUCCUAACUGCGGGUCCCGUGAACUCGACCCGAGUGAUCCUUGGUCGUAAGUACUUCCACCUGGUCGCGCUCUUCGCCUCAUUCCCCAUGCUCAUACUCGAUUCCGAAGCUGUUGUCAUCGGAUGGACCGCCUUCAUUUUCUGCUACUUGGUCGAAGAAGUCUUAAGACUCUACAACGUCGCUAAUCUACGAGCCGCCAUGGAUCAAUUCCUACCCUCCGUAGCCGACGAACGAGACAUGGAAUCCAUCAUCGUUACGCCACUCUUCUUGGCUCUCGGCUGCCAAAUACCCAUCACUAUCUUCUACUCCAAUACCUUCACCGCUGGUCAAUCUAUUGCUGGUGAAAUUAUAACGUAUUAUAUCAUUGCUUUAGCAGGAUGCGUUGCUACAUGCGUAGGCGACAGCUGUUCCGCUCUUGUGCCAAACUGCUUCUUCUCCACAACCGACUAUGCAACUGACUGUGCAACUGACUGUGCAACUGACUGCGUUGCUAUCUGCAGUAAAAAAGAGUUGCGUAGUCGGGUCCGUCCGUGUCGUAGGAAGACCCACAGGAUGCCAGGGACCAGAAACAAGUCGGUGGAGGGAUUCUUAUCUUUUGUCCUGAGUCACACGUUGUCCCUGUGGUUCUUAGUACAAUUCAGCUACCGGGUAUUGUUGCCUGCGACGGCCGACCAUACUAGGGCGGAAACCGUGACGACGACGGUGGCCCUGGACGGGAGUCGGUUGUUUGGAAUCAGCUUGGUCACUGGCAUAGGUGCAGGUCUGGCCGAGAGCUACACGAGCCGCAUAGAUAAUUACUGGGUGUCAGUAGUAGCCAGUGGUGUUGCUUACUUGAUGUUACGCACGGCUUAUGAGGGUGCACCAAGGUUAGUAAUGACCAAGGUUAGUAAUGACCAAGUAAUGACCAAGGUUAGUAAUGACCUAGCCAAGGUUAGGAAUGACCAAGAUGGAAGCGGGUGCUGCAAGGUAUUUAUCGCAUGCAUGCCUGGAGGUUGUUUGUGUAAAUCGUCGAUGAAGAAGAAUGCGCAUGAUCCGAAGCCGAUGGAUUCAUUGGAUCUGGGUAUUGGGAUAUAUAAGAUAAUACAAGCGGAUGAGAAGCAGUCAUUUGAUCGUACUCCGAUUGACACGGGCAUAUUUGCCCGUAGUCAAGAAGGUCGCAUUGGCAAUAAGUUCAAGGGUAUUAAGACUAUGGGUACGGGUGCUUAUGGUACCGUUUUGGCGAUCGAGAUGCGCAAUCCGUCAUCAUUGGGAUCCGGAUCAGCGCUGACUUCUGCGGGUGGUAGCGCUGGGGAUUUAGCUGGUGGAGGUGAUCGUGAAAUUUACGCCUGCAAAUGUCUUAGUAAGGGUUCUUUGGAUCGCAACGAAUUGGAACAGUUGCAACAGGAAAUCAUGUUGUUGAAAAAAUGUGACCACCCAAACAUAAUAAAAUUUUACGGAUAUUAUGAAGAUCAUAAACAGGUAUUUUUGGUGCAAGAACUUUGUGAAGGAGGCGAAUUAUUUGAUUACAUUACGUCACCAAAGUUCUACGAGAAUGCCAACAAAUAUUCUCGAGAAAAAAAUGCGGCAAUUAUGAUUAAACAAUUACUAUCAGGCAUUGCUUACCUUCAUCAGAUGGGCAUCGUCCAUCGGGAUAUGAAGCCUGAAAACGUUCUGCUCAAGAAUAAGAAUGAUAUUAACAAUUUGAAAAUCAUAGACUUCGGCUUGAGCACCAAGUGGAAUUCAUCCUCGACAAUGAUUGAACAGGUUGGGACACCCUAUUACAUUGCUCCGGAGGUAUUGGAAAAGAAUUACGGACCUAGAUGUGAUGUGUGGUCUUUAGGUGUUAUAUUGUAUAUACUGAUUUGUGGUCAAGCACCAUUUUGGGGUCCUGAUGAUCGAACGAUUUUGAGGAAGGUUCGGGAACGGAAAUUUACUAUGCAAGGGAACAUCUGGAAGGCAGCCUCGCCAGAGGUUAAGGAUCUGAUCACUAGAAUGCUCAUAUACCCACCACAAAACCGUAUAAGUGCUAAAGAAGCUCUGCAGCACCCUUGGUUCAAACUCGCCUUAUCUGGAGAGGAUUAUUCAAGUCCAGGGGGCAUUUUGUCCAAGUUCAAGCUUAGCAUUGGUAAUGCCACUGGUCCUAAUGCCACUGGUCAUAAUGCCAGUGGUCAUAAUGCCAGUGGUCCUACCCCGUUUGAUGGGCUUACAGAUCAGGUGGUGAAUAAUCUACGGAAAUUGCACGGGUUCAAUCGAUUGCAACAUGCCAUACGCCUCUGCAUCG